UUCAAGGGGAUUAACGAGGUUGUAUAUCGUGCUGCUGCAGCCUGGAUUAUUUUGUAAUAUUACAUCACGUAAAAACCAUGAAAUGGCAUUCAAAAGCAAAGCGGUCGAGUCCAAGACCGUGUUCUUCAAUCUCCUGCUAUGUCUGGUCAUAUUUUACUCUCUUUUUUACAUGAUUGGGAGUGUGUGCUUUGGUGCCUUCAGGUUGGAUAAUUUUGAUGGAUUGAUUCCAUUUGACUUUAAGACCGAACCCGUUGAAUCCAACUCCAAAUACUUGGUGGUGAAGAGGCGGGUAUGGGACUAUGCCCUCACAGUCACAUUUCUGCAUGUUAUUAUCACCAGCCUAGUGAUGUUGGAGUUUCCAACGGUGUGGCAGUGGUGGCUGGCUCUUGGUUAA